AUUUUGGAUGAGGGAGAGACCUGUAUAUAAACAAUACAGAUCUCUCCCCUGUCAGCUCCUGCACACUGCUUUGUAAGGCUCUGCAUACCACCAGAUGCGCAGCAGAGAGAAAGCAGCAUUCCUCCCUAGUAGAACAGCACACAGUGUAAGCACAACACAACACACAGCUAACCCUUUGAUCGCUCCAGAUGUUAACCCCUUCCUGCCCAGUGUCAUUAGUAUAGUGUCAGUGCUUUUUAUUAGCACUGAUCACUGUAUGAGUGUCACUGGAGAUGUCAGUGGCUGUUAAUCAGUGCCCACCCAGUGUCAGAAUGCCCGCCGCAGUCCUGCUCUAA